UGCGCGUACAAGAACGUUUAAUGAAAUUGUUUUGAUAUUCAUGGUAAUGUAUUAAAGUUACGUUAAAAAAGUUAUUAAUUUUUAAAUGGACUUCGACUGGGACAACAUCAGCAUCGGGGAACCGAAUGCAAAUGAUGAAAAUAGUUACUUUUCAGAUCGUUACAAGAAAGAAAUGGCGAAACCGGACAUCAUAGUUACGACUGAAGCGCUCGGUUCAUUGGAACUGGACAAACCGGACGUUUUGGUAAGCACAGAGAAAGAGACACCCGUAAAUGAUGAAAUCGGUGGAAGUGGCAACUCAUCGGAACGAAGCUACUCCAGUCAGUCUUCGGCGUCGGGUACGAACUCCGGCGCAAGACGUAAAGGGUACCAGAAGCAACAAGCCAGCAUCCGGCAGAAGGAAACCUGCGAGAGAGCGUAUUGCUAUGCCCAGGUUUAUGAGGAAAAACGGAAAGCACUCCGGGAGAGAGAGGAAAAGCAGCUUGAAGAAAUGAGGAAAUUUCAUGCAAGGCCUGCACCUAAAUUUGGUAAAGCAUCCACGGAAAGGAAGGAAAACCGCCAACCCAAGAUAACCAUUCCUAUCACACCGAAACAGAUGAAACCGGAACGAUUGCAGAAGGUAGCUCAACAGACUAAACGGAUGCAAGAACGCUCCAAGGCGCUUUUGACAGACGAAUCGGUAAUGGAGCAAAAAGGUCCCAUUCCGCUGAACAAGGUGCUCCACGAGGUACCAUUCCGUCCGGUGCUGACCCAUCGAGUCGUCCAGGCUGAACCGUUUGCGUUGCACAUGGAAUCACGGCUGCACGAGCGUCGCCAGUAUGAUGAACAGAAGCAGAAAGAACGAGAGCAAAGGGAGCACCGGGAAGCGGAGGAGCGCCGAUUGGCCGAAGAGCGGGCGAUGAAAGAGCUCCGUAAACACAAGGAGUUCAAGGCCAACCCAAAUCCGUUCAAGAGAUGAUCGAGUUGUGGAAGUCCUCGUUAUUGUUUUAUAUCAUUCAUUUCAUGAAGCAUGUAUAAAUUUACGCAACUUAAUUUUAGGAAAUUAGUUAUACUAUACUAUACCAAAUCUACCAAUCCACGAUGCCAAAUUUAUAGAUUAUAAUCGGUUUGUUUUUUUUUCCUCGCGUCCAUUGAUAAAGGCUUUACAAGAGCCAUCCAACAUUAGUGAACUUGCAUAAGUAGUAACACAAAAUGUUGUCGUAAAAAUUGAUCA